UACAUUUCUCCCGGAAGAGGAAGCGCUCAGUCCGGCUGAGGCGGCGCUGAAGCCGGACGUGGAAAGAGGGGGGUCUGUGUCGUCUUCCGAGGCUCCAUGGCCUCCUCGAAGGCCUCGGCCUUGCCUGCAGGCGUCGAGCCGCUUUGGGGGGAAUCCUCCGCUGUGUGUCCCAGGGAGGAGUCCAAUCCCUUUUCCUUCAAGGAGUUCGUCCGGAGCAAGAACCAGAACCCGGAACCCGCUCAGAGACUUUCCCUCGAACCCGAAGCCAGCUCCAAGUUGCCUUCCCGACUUGACAGUGACGAAGAGGAGGACGACUGGAGCAGCUCCUACCGGCCGUCGGCCAUCGAAGAAGCCCUUUCUCUGAGCAUCGGCCCUUCCUCUCCUUCCCCUCCGUGGAACUCGAGAGCAACGACGGGCCCCCAAAACGGAGGGGACGCUUUACCUCCUCUGCAAAGUUACCACGAACUGAAAGAAGAAAAUUCCCAGCUACGAAGCAGAAUCUCUGAAGUUGAAACGGUUUCGGAGAUGCGAGCAGAGAGAGUCAAGCAGCUCGAAAAGACGCUGGAGGAGAACCAACGGAAAGAGGCCAAAGAGGCCCGCGACUUGGAAGCCAUGGUCCAGCAAGUGGAGGAAAACCUCCGGCGCAUGACGAAACGGGCCUCGAAGGCUGAAAGCAACGCUGUGAAGCUGAAGCAGGAGAACGCCCUACUGCAGGUUCAGGUGGAGAAUUACAGGUUGGAAAAGGAAGCCAUGAAACGCAGUGCAGACAUUGCUUUGCAUAACCUUCUAACGGUGCUGACGAAAUCCAGGUUAUCCAUCAAGCAAUUGCUUUCGGGGGCAGAAGAACUGGAGAUUGUGGCCGAAUUCCUGAAAUCAAUGGACAAAAUCACCGAAAUGCCGACAGAUUCUCUCUGAGCUUUAAAUGUUGUAUUUUUCUAACCCGUUGCCCUUUGGUUGGUCCCGAUCAUAUUUAAAAACCCUUAAUAUACUUAUUUUGACUUAUUUGCUGACUUCUUGCCUUUUGUAUAUAUAUAGAUAAUACAGUAUUUUCAAUUAAA